AUGAAUAGCUCUGAGGAGAACAUCGAGGUACCAAAAGUUGCCUUGGCUUCAUGGAAUUUUGACGAGGUGUCCACUUUCCUCUGCUUGGGUCUUUUCGUCCUCCUUGUUUUGCUCAUGAAAUAUGUCUAUCACAAGCUCAAGUGUAUCAAUUCCUAUGUACCGGAGUCACUAAUUCUCAUAGUAAUUGGACUCAUCUUUGGAGCAAUAGUCUGGUACGUUCCCAAAGUGGGACCCAGACUAAAAGGCAUAAGACUGACACCAACUCUUUUUUUUAACAUUCUUCUACCACCCAUUGUCCUGGAAUCCGCCUAUAGUCUCUUCAAUCGUACAUUUGCUGACUUUUUUGCACCAAUCAUGCUAUUCGCAGUGUUGGGCACGGUGCUGAAUUUUGUUCUCAUUGGUUUUGGAACGUUUUGUAUUGAUGCACUGAUUGGAAUGGGUGAACCGCUAAUCGGUUUGUCUAUCAAAGGACACCUUCUUUUUGCAUCUCUCAUUGUUGCAGUUGAUCCGGUUGCUGUGUUAGCGAUUUUUCAGGACAUCGGUGUUGAUGCAGGUCUCUACUACAUGGUCUUUGGUGAGUCACUACUUAAUGACGCCGUUACAGUUGUCCUCUACAACAUUAUGAGUGCUUUUGUUGCUGCGGAAAGGAUAUUUGUUAAAGACAUUGUUAUUGGCGUCGGCUCCUUCUUCACAGUAUCUCUGGGUGGUGCUCUGGUUGGUCUGGUCUUUGGCAUAUUGUCAUGCCUCGUUACUAAACUCUCUGCCUUAGCUGGAGCCCUUCCUCUAAUUCUUAUGAGCUACAUCGCAUACAUGGUUGGAGACCUUUUUGGAUGGUCAGGUAUAAUCUCUAUGAUAGUCUGCGGUGUCUUUCAAGCUGCCUACGCUUUCCGUAAUGCGUCUCCCUUAGAAGUAAUAUUGCUAAGAAACGCUGUCGAACAGAUCUCUUCCAUUUGCGAGGCUGUCAUCUUCCUUUUACUGGGCCUAGAAGUAAUGGCAACACAAUUAACUUGGCACACAGGAUUUAUCAUCACUGCUACUAUACUGUGUCUAUUUGCCAGGACUCUGAUCACCUUCAUACUCUCCGCAAUUGUGAAUCAUAAUAAGCCAAGACACUCUCAAAUUCACUGGUCGGAACAGAUAAUAAUAAGCUAUGGAGGUCUGCGUGGAGCAGUAGCAUUCUCCUUGGCCAUUCUAAUAAAUCCUCACUUCUUGGGUCCCCACGGUGAGAGGGCAAGAAACGUUCUCAUCACAGCCACUUUGGUGAUAAUCCUCUUCACCGUAGCCUUCAUGGGAAUAACAAUGAAGCCUUUGGUGCGUCUUCUCAACAUUCGAUUGGCUAAUGACAAAGGCUAUAAGUUGUUGACUACAUUGAAUAAUUCUGUAAUGAAUCAAGCCCUCCUCUACAUUGAAACACUGGUUGGCGAGCAAGGAUCGUAUCACUUUCGUAAGGCUCUCUACCGCCUCGAUGACUUGUACAUUCGACCCUUCUUGCAGAAGAAUGCUAUAAAGCAUGAUCAGAAGAUUGUCAAUGUCUAUGAAAAGUUUGCAUUGGCAAUACACACAGAGGCAAUUGAGGAUCGAAAGAAGUUGGGUGAAGUGGAUGAAAAGGAGGAAGCUAUACAAAGUUCAGGAGAUGCAAUUGCAAAACCCCGUACCAAGCCACGUCCCCUACUUCGACGUUUUUUAUCAAGUCCAUAUGAAGUGUUGGAUGAUAUGGCGGAGAGUAGAAUGUUUGGUCCAUCAGUGAAGUUGAAUAUGCCAUAUCAGGUUCGACGUCGUGUCAAUGUGGCCAGUAUGUAUCAGGGCGAGGACUCUGAUGUCUUUUCAGUCCAUCGAAACAUCUACCACGAGGCCAAUGAUGCUCACUUUGCUCAAUUCAGUCGAGGGCAGGAGCGUCUACUGGAGGCGUUGGAUGGACACAUUCGAGGCUACCCAAGAGCGGGAAUUCACCUAAAAAACACCAGAGCCAUGAGUGUAGACUCGGCUGUCAGUACGCCCAAAAGUCCUGUGAAGCACCGGUCCAGAAAACGAUACUUGCGUCCCCACACCACAGCUCCAGCACCUCCAAGAGAGAAUGAGGAGUUGUUGCAUCGACAUGACACUGAUCAUUAUUUUGCACGCAAUCCCAGAUCACCACCACCUUUCACACCAACUACAGAGAUCUAG